CGAUGACUGAACACGAUAACGAUUUGCGGAUCGGUUUUUGAUGUUGGUGUACGUUUGAUAUAGAACGAUGGGCGGAAUACUCCUGAUAUUGGCAUUGUCCUGCAUCUACACGUGUCGAGCCCAAGAAAUCUACGAAAACUCCAGUGACAUUUGCGGACGGUGCAAGUGUCUGACCGGGCCCCAAUUCGUCCUCGACUGUCGGAACCAGGCGUUCCACCACGUACCCGCAGAAUGGCCCCAACACAAUACCACCCUGACCGCGACUUUCACCCUGAACAACAUCACCACGCUAGAAGUGCUGCCCGACAGCGACCUGGUCAAAAAUUUGAUGUUUGACCAUUGCAGUAUCCAAAAUUUGGACAACGGUGCCUUCAAGGCAGUCAAAAACGUCGUGUUCAUCGAUCUAAGUCACAAUCUUCUAACGACCGAACAAAUAUCGGCAGAGAAAUUCAAAGGUCCGUAUAACGAUAGCGUCUACGAGCCGUUAAAGAUCAAAUAUCUUAAUCUCGCUUACAACAAAAUCCAUAGCUUGCCGCACAACGUGUUCGAACACCUCAGCGACCUGGAAGAACUCAAUCUGGAAGGCAAUCAUUUUAAAUUUCUGGACCAACCAACGCAAAUGGCUCUGUCUGGAUUACCGCACUUAGAAACACUAAACCUGGCAAGGAAUGAUCUCACCGAAUUGGUCGAAGAAGCAAUUCACAAUCUCGAUAACCUGGUCGAGCUGAACUUAGCUUACAACAAAAUAGACUUCGUACCAGAUACGCUGAGUUUGUUGGAAAAACUAGAAACGGUCUACCUGGAUUACACCAUGAUUUUCGAAUUGACCGACGAAUCUUUUUUGGGCGUCAAGAGCCUUAGAGAGAUAUCGCUCACGAACCUGCCGAGGCUCAGCUACGUGAAAGCGAAUACUUUCGCAGGAUUGUCGAACUUGAAAAUCCUCAAACUGUCGGACAACAGAAAUUUGGCGACGAUCGAUAGGGAAGCGUUUGCUCCAAAUCAAAUACUGCAAGAGCUCUAUUUGCACAAUAACUCGUUGAGAGAUUUGGACUUCAACCUCACGCACUGGACGUCCCUGAGGCUGUUUACGUUAGACAACAAUCCUCUCAUAUGCGACUGCGAUCUGUUCGCCAUUGGUCAGCAGCUGAGCUGGGAGAUUACGAGAGAAAAAGACGGACCUCUCUGUCUAGAUCCCGUGACUGGACAAAGCAAGGAGGUUUAUCAUCUCAAAGACGACGUAUGUUUGAUCAGGAAGACGUCCAUCGGAGUGCAUCUAAUCGAAAGCCACUUUUUUACGAUAAGGAUAGUUCUGAUCAGCGCCUCGUUAGUGCUGUGUCUCACAGCGGCGGUAGCCAUUUUCAUAGCGUUCCUGAGAUACCGGAGAUACAAAAUGAAUCUAAACUAUCCCUUCGCGACCCAAGUGAUCUACAAUCCGCUGAAGAAUCCAGGCCCGGCUAUUUGACGCCAUUGUCGAUCGUUUCCCGCGCUGCGUCAUUUUUGACUCGCCCUCGUGUAAAGGUGGUGAUGUUUCUAUCCGAUAGGACGUGUCGUAAGCUCGUUGCUAGUUGUAAGCUUUGUUGCGUGAAUAAUUCGUGCCAUGAAAUGUACUUACUUAAGCAGUAAAACAUAAUUUUAUACUUUUACGUUAUUUCAAUAAAUUUAUACGUAGAA